AUGUGGCUGUUGGUAGUAGCAGUAGCAGCAUCACUGGGGGUGUCAGGGUCAGAGACCUCACACCGAUCCGAGGCCCAGUCCCAGACCCUCCAGGCCCUCCACUGUCCGCCCUGUGAGAGGAUCCACUGCACCCACCGCCGGGCCCUGAAGCUCCAGUGUAAAGGUGGCCUGACCACAGGGGUCUGCGGCUGCUGCCCAGCCUGUGCCAGGACGGCUGGGGAGAGCUGUGGUGGGACCUGGGACUACCUGGGCAAGUGUGACGAGGGGCUGGUGUGUGUCUACCAGGACUCUGUCUCGGAAGCUGAGGGAAAACCAGACGCAGGGGAACGUAAAGGUAUCUGUAAAGCAGUGCUGGAGACCCUGGAUGUGGAGUCCUGUCGCCCAGAAUGCACCUGGGAGUACUGUCAGGCCAAUCCUAAUGAGGUGUGCUCUGCCAGGUCAGUGUCCCUGGAGAAGCAAGAGUGUCAUGGUACCUGCCAGCACACGUCAUGCUCCAGCUGUCUUGUCUUGAGACCCCCAGCCUCCUGCCCACAGACCUGUGCCCCCUCAGACCCCACCUGCCUGCACCGCUUUGGGAGGUGUGUUCACAACCACCUGGCCGAGCCCCACCGUCACCACCACCACCACCACCCCAUCUGCCACCACAACCUACAGAGUAAUGCGGAGGGGUAUUUUGUGUGCUUGGUGCCUGGAUGUCUGAACUGA